AUGAGAAGAAACCACAUCCCUGCGAGUUCUGUGGUUCUGAAUUUUCACGCAGUGAUACCCUUCGUCGUCACUGGAAGACAUGCACAGCUCGUGCAGCAUCUGGCAACCAAGUUCCCCAGCGCACUCGAUCUGGGAAGAGAAAGCAUGCGUGUGAUCGUUGCACAGAGCGCAAACGCGCCUGUAACCAAGGCAACCCUUGUGCCGAGUGUAUUCUUCAAGAUUCUGAAUGCACAUAUAUCAUCAAGAAGCAAAGAUAUUCUCAACCAUCUAUGGGCGCAGGAGAUUCUCACGGUCACAAUGGUGGGGACGAUAUCGCUGGCACUUCCAAAGCGCAGCAAAAACCAACUAUCCAAGACCAACAGUUGA